AUGAUUUCGAUUUUUUUCCUCGUGUGCUGGCUGAGUCUAGCCCUGUCCGUGCUGGCCGCCCAACCAUGCUAUAAUCUCGACGGCUCCCAGGCCAAAGCCGACGUUCCUUGUCGCCAGGGCGAGACCUCGAAUUGCUGCAACACAAACGAUGUCUGCAUGUCUAACGGCCUCUGCUACCUGCAAGGGAAGCGAGGGCUUGGACUUUCCCGCGGAAGCUGCACCGACCGCAGCUGGGGUGCUAAAUGCUAUUCUCCAUGCUCAAAUGAUAAUCGGAACACCGGAAUCCCAAUCAUCAACGUCGGGUUCAAUGGCAACAAAUCGGAAUAUUGCUGCGGCGCUGUGACGUGGAAUAACGGCAAAGCAGGGUGUCUUCACGGUGGCGAUCCAUUCAAAUUACCCUUCGGGCGUGCUAUCGCGGGCGUCGCGGCUUUGGCGGAGGAUAAUGGCAACGGAAAUGGCUCUACGGGAAACAACGACACAGUCGAACCUCAGCCAGGAAGUUCAAACCACGACGUUGCCAUCGGCGUUGGGGUAGGUGUGCCCCUCGGAGUGCUGGCCUUGACGGCUUUCGGUUGGGCGCUGUGGGAACGACGUGCCCGACAGUCGCUGGCACACAACAUGCCCAUCCAGAAUUAUGCGCCGAUCAACGACCCAGGCGUAUCGUAUCACCAAAGUGGCCCACUGGCCGAACUGCCCAACACGGGACUCCCGGCGCAGGAGCUAAUGGAUACGGGGAGGCAGGCCAAACCGGACCUUCAACAUCGAUGA